AUGGCCGUUUCUUCUUCCGCAGCCGACAGUGGUACCGGCAGUGCAGCUCUGGGAUUGUUGUACAAAGCCGAGUUCUUUCUGCGACGACAAUUGCAAACAGGUGAUGGCUUGACACCUGGUCUUGUGGAUCCAUCCAUCUACCAGCAGCAGCCGGUACCAGAAGACACCUCGCAAUCUCGAGGUCGGACUGUUUUGACCAUUCUGUACCUGUGUGUUUUGGGUUUGUGCUUUGUAGUCCCCGUCUUUUACUACUUUCGCCUGCAUUGCUUUGAAGAGCAUGCUCGAAGAGAACUGGAGUUGGACUUUACCGCUGCAUUGGAACAAUCGGAACAGCAUCGAGACGAAAAUAGACAAGCAAGGAGAAAAUACAUUGAAGAACGAAGAGCCAGAAUCGUACAGUUGAUGAUGCCCGUCAGAAUGGUUUUGAAAGAAGAAAAUUUCCCAGAUUUGGUAGAUGGCCACGAGAACCACAACCACAAUACUAAUAGCAACACCAUUGGUACUUCCUCCCAAGGACCGGUCCAACGAGCAGGCAGUUUCUUGAAUCUGGAUUUUGAAAGCGAAAAGUACAAUGUCGGCAAGAGCGAUGAAUCAGCCACCCAGGCUUCCGAAGACAUUCUAUCGCCCUACGCCAGCGAUGACGAGGAAACGAACAUCGGUGCACAACACGACAAUAACGACAAUCACGAUAACGACAACGACAAUAGCGAAAAUGACGACAUGGAAGGCAAUCGUCAGGACCUAACCACCAAGGACGACUUUAGCAAUCAGCAAUGUAAAGACCUUGGCGACAACGGCAACGGCAAGACAAAAGACAAUGUUUUCGGAGAACGAGGUAUCAAGGAGACAAAAUCACAAGACGAGGAGGAGCAAGGAGAAAGUCACUCUCUAGAUGGCCCUUCCAUAUCCAGAGAACAUAACAAUCCAUAUGAAGAGGAAGAAACCCCGCAGGUUCGGCUUCCGGUUCCAGGGCUUCCAAUGGGUAGCAGUUGCUUUCUUGAUGCCAGUGGACCCCAGAGACAGACUCAAGAUGAUGAACGGGAAAUGAGGUUGACGCCCGGAUCAUGCACAAUCUGCUUAUCCAACUACAAGGUUGGAUCAGACGUUGUGUGGUCUUCCAAUGAAUCAUGUGAUCAUCAUUUCCAUUCAAGUUGCAUGGAAAAGUGGCUCAUUAAACAACGAGAUGGACCCUUGUGUCCAAUUUGUAGAAGAGAUUUCAUUGUAGACCCACUGGAUUUGUUGGAACAGCAAGAAAACAACAACAACAACAAUCACAGCAAUCACAAUGUUGAUGAGGAACAGGGCAUUGAAGCAUCCAUGUUUCAUUGGGAUCCAGCGGCACUAGCUUUGGAUGAUGAUGAGCUGGUUCGCCGACUGGGGCCCAUUGUUGUCACAGCCCCAGGAGAGCCAGAAAUAAGUAGAUACAGAACAAGUCACAAUGGAGGAGAAGAGCCGGUGGAGAUUACAACCCAGUUGGAAGAAGGAUUACGCAGUGUUGGUGUUCCCUCAGUUACAGACAGCACAAGAAACAGCAGCAGCAACAACAAUUUUGACAGCGAAAUUGCUGCGUCAGCGUAUGGUGCUCCAGAUGAGAGCACAGAAGAUGGAAUGUCCGUCCAGUUGUAG